AUGAGCCAUGGGAGCUUGCCGACGGCGGCGGUGGCGGAUGACGACGACCACCACGAAAUAUCGCUGUCGGCGGUGGACCUUAACAUAAUCGCUUCCGUUCAAGACCGCAAGGAUGAGGCCCUUCUCGUUCUGAAGGCCGAUUUGAUGGACAAGCUCAAUAAAGAGGUUAAAUCCCUUGAUGACGAUAGCUGGAUGUUUGAUGGACCUCGAUCUCGCAUUCACCUGAUCUCCAGACCGGGUAGCAUUCGGCACAGGUGUUCAGAAAUCUUAACUCGGCCGGAUAUGGGCCCACGGAAGUAA